CAAAUGUCUCCACUGCACUGUGACUCCACAGUCAACACGCACGCCUCUUGCUGCUAGUCGCUCAUAGUGCUGAGCGCGGUGCGCCUCUGUGUCUUCUAUCUUCCCUUUUGUUCCUAUUCUCCUCGUCGGCCUCCACCCCCAAAUCGGCUCUUUCCUUUCUUGGUGCUGCAGCACGAACUCAUCCAGGUCGCCACCUCAGGAUCGCCGUCUCCUCCAAGAUCCGGUUCUGAUCUCCCCGGUGACGAGUUCGGCGCCUCCUCGUCAAGACCCGUCUUGGAGAUCGCCCUAUUCCGCUCGAUUCGUUUAUUGAGGGUUUGAUCUUGUUAGAAUUGUGAAGUUUGGGCGAUCCAUAAUCUGUGGCUGCUUACGGAGCAUACCUGACUCACGAUCACCAGGAAUAUAGCAGAAUUUGAGCAUUGAGCUACAAUAUGCCGUGGACUCCCCUGCGCUCGUCUUACUUUAGUAGCCAAAAGUCUGUCAGCCUUCUUGUGUUUUUCCGCGUGAUUGUGUAAGGAGGCUGCAUUUAAAGACUCUUUUUUCUUUAGUGUUCUCUAUGCUUGACAACAUACGUGUGAAAAGAUUGAGAAUGUAUGUGAAGAUUGAGCUUAAGAGAUUCCGUGUUGUGAAGGAAGUGGGAAGAAUAGUAAUGAAUGUUAGGAUCUUUGCUUGUUACCAGUUGAUUGAAGUGUGCCAGGCUGAGUACUUCCGUCAAUUGCUUAAGCCUGUCACGUAGUCUAGACAAAGGACCCGGGUUUAGUUUUUCAAUCUGCUAUUUGCUUCUACUUUGAUAGAAAGUUGCAACGACAAAGCAGUGCAGUCGUGAUGAUGGCUACCUUGUGGUAGGACAUAUUUAGUCUGUGUUGUUGCAAACUGCGAGCAUAUUUUAGAAUUCUGAUUGUUGAGGGUAGUGUAGCCACUGCAUUAAAUCAGGUAGAUUUACAUACGUAAGUGCAUUCGUGUCCAAUUUCUGCCAUACCCAUGCAGAGGGAUCCAACAGCUUUCACUGGAAACCCCUCCUUUGCUUAUGGACAUGAAGCUGAUAAUUGUAUGGCAAAUGGACCUCAGGGUGGUCAAUGCAACUACAGGGUUCCUGUUUCACCUGCCUUAGGUGUCCCUUCAGGCAUGCCAAGCCCUCAAAUCCGAAGCCCGCUUGGUGUAAUCGAAUUCCAACCUUCCAUGGUAUGCCCCAGAAACUUCAUCAUCUUUGAUCACACUGAUGACAAAGGACGUGUCAUGUAUCAUCCUGCCUUGGUGGACAAGCUGAACCCCACAAACAUCGAUGCGUUCCCAUACCAUGGUGAAGUAGGUUGCAGAAGUUCUGUCCAAGACAUUGGCAACCUGGAAGAACACUCCUCAUCUUUCAAGGAGGAUUCAGAAGAAAUCGAUGCACUGCUGAGCUCUGAUGAAGAAAGCGAUGAAGAUGAUGUCGUGAGUACCGGGCGUACUCCUGACCCCUUAGAAAGUGGUCCCUUCGACUCAUCUUCACUGCCUAUGUUUAAGAAAAUGAGGUAUAUUUCUGGAAAGAGUUCAGUUUGCCAUGGAUCAAUGGAAAAUUUUACUCAUGAGAAGAUCAAGAAGAUGGUCACAGUCCUUAGGGGAAUAAUCCCCGGUGGAGACCAAUUGGAUACUCCUGCUUUGCUGGAGGAAGCAGUCAGAUACCUGAAGUUCCUCAAGAUGGAGGCAAAGAAACUCAGUGUGGAGGGCUUGGAUAAUUGAAGUGGCCAGCGAUGUGGUGGUAUUGCAGUAAAGCUCCACAAAAUAAAAAUCUUCAGGAUCCACUCUGCAUGUAUAUAUUUAUAUGGACUUAAGUAAGGUCACUAUCAUCAUUGUUAUUGGAAUGGCUUUUUUCUGGGUGUGGAAGAGAAGGAAGGCAUCCUGCUUUUGCUUCUUUCAGCAGGCCUCAAAAGACUCUGUUUUGUGGGAUUCUGAUGCAUGAUUUCUGGUAAGGUCUUGCCGUUGCCGCACUGUGGCUAUUCCUGCCCCCUCAUGGUGUGGUUAUAUCGUGCGGUUAAGCUUUGGAUGAUGCAAUUAUGCUGUCUGGCUUGCUUUUGCCAUUUGUGAGUUGGAACUCCACCUGUCCUGUGAUCAACCUUCCCUUGGUGGGCACACCCCAAAUCACUGCACUUUGCUGAAGGUUACUUCUGUCUGCCUUUUCAGGCUCCCGUCUUGAUGCACUUGUUAAAUUAUGUACGUGCUUGGUUUGCUACUAUUGUACAGAACAAGAUCUUAUCAUUGUAUACUAUUGUA